AUGACCACCUGCAGCCGCCAGUUCACCUCCUCCAGCUCCAUGAAGGGCUCCUGCGGCAUCGGGGGCGGCUCCGGCCGCAUGUCCUCCGUCCUGGCUGGAGGGUCCUGCCGGGCCCCCAGCGCCUACGGGGGCCUGUCGGUCUCGUCCUCCCGCUACUCCUCCGGGGGGGCCUGCGGCCUGGGGGGCGGCUACGGCGGCGGCUUCAGCAGCGGCAGCAGCUUUGGUGGGGCCCUGGGUAGCGGCUUCGGGGGAGGCUACGGUGGUGGCUUUGGUGCUGGCUUUGGAGGCGGCCUUGGCGGAGGCUUUGGUGGCUUUGGUGGCGGCGAUGGCGGCCUCCUCGCCGGCAACGAGAAGCUCACCAUGCAGAACCUCAACGACCGGCUGGCCUCCUACCUGGACAAGGUGCGCGCCCUGGAGGAGGCCAACGCCGACCUGGAGGCGAAGAUCCGCGACUGGUACCAGAGGCAGCGGCCCAAUGAGGUCAAGGACUACACCCCCUACUUCAAGACCAUCGAGGACCUGAGGAGCAAGAUCAUCGCGGCCACCGUUGAGAAUGCUCAGCCCAUUCUGCAGAUUGACAAUGCCAGGCUGGCAGCUGAUGACUUUAGGACCAAGUAUGAGCAUGAGCUGACCCUGCGCCAGAGCGUCGAGGCGGACAUCAACGGCCUGCGCCGGGUGCUGGACGAGCUGACCCUGGCCAGGACCGACCUGGAGAUGCAGAUCGAAGGGCUGAAGGAGGAGCUGGCCUUCCUGAAGAAGAACCAUGAGGAGGAGAUGCUCGCCCUGCGGGGUCAGACUGGUGGGGACGUCAGUGUGGAGAUGGACGCCGCCCCCGGUGUGGACCUGAGCCGCAUCCUGAAUGAAAUGCGGGACCAGUAUGAGCAGAUUGCGGAGAAGAACCGCAGAGACGCGGAGGCCUGGUUCCUGAGCAAGACCGAGGAGCUGAGCAAAGAAGUGGCUUCAAACAGUGAAUUGGUGCAGAGUGGCCGCACCGAGGUGACUGAGCUCCGGAGGGUGCUCCAGGGCCUGGAAAUUGAACUGCAGUCCCAGCUCAGCAUGAAAGCAUCCCUGGAGAACAGCCUGGAGGAGACCAAAGGCCGCUACUGCAUGCAGCUGGCCCAGAUCCAGGGGCUGAUCGGCAGCGUGGAGGAGCAGCUGGCCCAGCUGCGCUGCGAGAUGGAGCAGCAGAACCAGGAAUACAAGAUCCUGCUGGACGUGAAGACGCGGCUGGAGCAGGAGAUCGCCACCUACCGCCGCCUGCUGGAGGGCGAGGACGCCCACCUCUCCUCCCAGCAAGGGUCCAGCCAGUCCUAUUCUUCCCACAACGUCUUCUCCUCCUCCUCGUCAUCCACCUCCGGCCACCAGGUGCGGCCCAUCCUCAAGGAGCAGGGCUCAGCCAGCUUCAGCCAAGGCCAGAGCUCCAAGCACUGA